AUGGGAACACGCGGGUACCUGCAGGGGCUAGCGAGCGCAGUGACUGCAAUGGGAGGGAAGAUCUACGAGAACACGCGGGUGAUCCGCAACUCCUCGCUCUCCACCACUCUCGAGCUCAACACGGGCGUGCGCGUGACAGCUGGCAGCGUCGUAUUGGCCACCAACUCGCCCAUCAACCACAACCUGGCGGUGCACGCCAGGCAGAGCGCCUACCGGACCUAUGUGGUGGGGCUGGCUGUUCCCAAGGGCAGUGUGCGGCGCGCCCAGUGGUGGGACACCGCGUCGCCCUACCACUACGUGCGCAUCGCUCCCGGCCCGAGCGAGGCGGAGGCAGACACGCUGAUAGUGGGCGGUGAGGACCACCCCACGGGGGUGCUGGCGCCUAAGGAGUAUCCCCAGGCAUAUGCGCGGCUGGAGAAGUGGGCGCGGGAGAGGUGGACGAGCGCUGGAAAAGUCGCUUUCAGGUGGACGGGCCAGUUGUACGAGCCAGUGGACCUCCUGGGGCUGUACGGCAGGAACCCUCUCGUGAACCGACCGUCCAAGGACAUUUACAUCGUCACAGGCAACAGUGGGCAGGGCAUGACGGGCGGCACCAUAUCCGGGCUCGUGGUAUCAGAUUUGAUUCUGUCGGGGCGCAGUGAGUGGGAGGAGCUGUACGACCCACGCCGCCUGCCACCGCUCUCCCAGGAGACAGCUCAGAGCAUUGCAAGCAUCACGGCACACACUGCCCAGGGCUACGCCUUUGGUCUGCCAGUGGUGCCGGUAGAUGAGCGGUGGAUGGACAGGAGGAGGGCUGAACUUCCAUGCUACCAUUCAAUCCACCACCUUCCAUUUCCAUCCCUACUACAUCCGUCCCACCAGGGCUACGCCUUUGACUUGCCAAUCGUGCCGGGAGAUGAGCGCUCGGUGGACAGGGUGAAGCCGGGGGAGGGUGCGCUGGUGGCGGUGGGGCUGCACAAGCAGGCCGUGUACCGCACGGAGGGGGGCGAGCUGAAGCAGUUCUCAGCCAUCUGCCCGCACCUCAAGUGCGCGGUCAGGUGGAACCCCAACGACAAAACUUUCGACUGCCCGUGCCAUGGGUCCCAGUUUGACACGUCAGGGAGGGUGAUUCAAGGCCCUGCCAAGGCCAACCUCUCCCCCGUCUCCCGUGAUGGCUGCUGUGGUUGA